AUGCCACUGCGAUGCCAGCCGGCGGCCGGGGUGCUGCUGGCUUCGGUACUGAGAGCAACCUUCCUCAACAUUUUAAAUCACCUCAUAAUAUUCGCCUCGAUAACAUUCAUCGCCUCGAGCAGCUCCCAGUCUCCGACUCGUUACGCCUCCCGAAUCGUCGAGACCAAGAGCGGACAGAUAAGGGGAAUCCUGCAGGAACCUAACGGUCGACACCUGGACCCGGUCGAAGUCUUCCGCGGCAUUCCGUACGCGGCGCCCCCCGUAGAAAAGCUCCGUUUCAGAUCGCCGAGGCCCCCGUUGACUUGGGCCGGUGUCAAGCUCGCGGAUACCUUUGGCUUAGUUUGUCCCCAAAACUACCCGGACGUAACUAAUCGAACCAUUGCUCUGGGGACUAUGCCACGUGGAAGAUUUCUCCAGCUGAAACGCCUUCUUCCGCUGCUCGGGAAUCAAAGCGAAGAUUGUCUCUUCUUGAACCUCUACAUACCUGGAAGCGGUUCCCGAGGACUCGAGGCACCCUACGCAGUGAUCGUUUACGUACACGGUGAGAGCUUUGAAUGGGGUUCUGGGAAUCCCUACGACGGCUCGGUAUUGGCAAGUGCUGGCCACGUGAUCGUCGUAACACUGAACUACCGGCUUGGUAUAUUAGGAUUCCUAAGGACUCGUCCUGGUCCAGACACCACGGACGGUUCCGGGGGUAAUCUCGCUCUCAAGGACAUUGCCAUGGGGCUCCGAUGGGUGCGCGAUAACAUCGGCGCCUUUGGCGGUGACCCGACCAGAAUCACCCUAGUUGGACACGACACGGGGGCGGCACUCGCCAAUCUCCUACUUCUGGCGCCCUACGGCAAAGGUUUGUUUCAUCGGCUGGUUCUCCUCAGCGGUUCCGCCCUUAGCCCCUGGGCAGCAGUGCACGAGCCGGACGAUUUGAGGGUAAAAAUUGGGGAGCAAUUCGAAUGUCCAGUUGAAACCGAAGCCGACAUUGCCGAUUGCCUUCGCGAAGUUCCCUUACAAAAUCUAAUGGAAGUAGAACUACCCGAAACAAGGUUCAUGCCGCGGAUUGGUCCCGGGUUACCGAUCGACAUGAACAGCCCUGAUCCAAGCCACGACAUGGAGAGAGACAGCGGUAGCUUUGUGACGAUUCCACUGAUCCUCGGCGUUACGACGGCCGAGAGUUACCUCGACUUCAACGCGAACGAUAUCCAGUAUGGAUUUGAGGAGGAGCAGAGAAAUCGAGUGCUCCGAACGUUCGUCCGCAACGCGUACGUCUACCACUUGAACGAGAUAUUCUCGGCUGUGAGAAACGAGUAUACGGACUGGGACAAGCCUGUCCUACACCCAAUUAACAUACGAGACUCGACGAUGGAGGCACUGAGUGACGGCCACACCGUGGCUCCGUUGAUGAGGGUCGCCUUUUAUCACGCGAGGAGGGGUGCCAAGACCUUUUUCUACCAUUUCAACUAUCUAACAAAAGACAGCGAUUACGUGCAGCGACUGGGAAGCGUAAGGGGCGAGGAUAUACCCUACGUGUUUGGACUCCCACUUGUAUCCGGAGGUACCUUUUUCCCUCAGAACUACAGCCGCCAGGAUCAGGGCGUCGCCGAGGCUGUUCUUACAUUUUUUUCAAACUUUGCCAAAACCGGAAACCCCAACGAACCGCGAAACGUCGACUCGGUGGAUUAUGGGACAGCCAAAGAGAAGACCAGGUUUCGAGGCCUGACAUGGGAGCAGUACGAAACGGGAUCGCAACAGUAUCUUACGAUAGCUCUCAAACCGAAAAUGAAGAGCCACUAUCGGGGACAUAAAAUGGCAGUGUGGCUAAACCUGAUACCACAAUUGCACCAACCUGGAGAUGACGACGUGACAAUGCGGCAUCAUCAUUUCCGAGAGAGAGGAGACCACCUCUACGCGGGACCAGUGCGCGACGAGUGGCACACACCGAUACUUCUUCCCGGUAACACAGUGACGACAUCUCUGUCGACGACUGAAUGCAGCUCGACGAUUGGCGAAGACGCGACAUCCGAGAUCGGGUCACCGGCUAGCGGCGUGAUAGAGGGCGAGGAGAGAGUCAGGGAGAGACACGACGAGACGGAGCUUCUUCAGAGACUGGCGUCUCGCCAUUACUACAGCACAACAACUGCCCUGGCGAUAACCGUCGGAGUUGGAUGCAUCCUUUUGAUACUGAACAUGAUGAUAUUUGCUGGUAUUUACUAUCAGAGAGAUAGAGAGAAAAAAAGAGCGGCUAGCGAGUGCAGCCCUAACGGUCAUCAAGAGUCUGUUCCCAUGACGACGCGGCCCUCAUCGCGCGACUCAAACGAGGACACGAGGUCCGAGGAGCCGCCACCCUCGUACACAACCCUGGCACGGUCCAGUCCCCCGCCACCCUCGUCUACCAUGCCAGAGCAACGGCUUCUUCGGGACGAAAGUCUGAGAAAAAACGUGAGGAUCGUUAAGGAGCAUGGAACUCAUCCCCAGAAGGAUCCUGUACCACCUAAACCACCCACGAGGACGACUAGUUCUUUGACUACUACCGGCAUUAAGAAAAGAGUUCAGAUUCAAGAAAUAUCUGUAUAGCAUUAGGGGUUGCCCUCCGCGGAGGGCAACUCCAGCUGUUCCGUAAAACGUGUUACUUUUGUGGAAUCACGAUUUUAACAGAGGUUUCGUAACCUGCACCCUUACACGCCUAUGCG